AUGGGAUCAGCCCCAGGACCAAACAAGAUACCAUACAAGGUCUACAAGAUGUGCCCUCUCCUGCUGCGUAGACUAUGGAACCUACUUAAGGUAAUCUGGAGGAAGGGGAUAAUACCUGAUGAGUGGCUACAUGCCGAAGGUAUAUUUACUCCAAAGGAGAAGAACUCCAAACACAACAUCCAGUUCAGAACAAUAUCUUUGCUAAACGUGGAAGGCAAGAUAUUCUUCGCCAUCUUAGCCAGAAGACUGACAACCUACCUUACCACACAUGGGUACAUUGAUACGACAGUUCAGAAGGGUGGAGUGCCAGGCUUCUCAGAGUGUGUGGAGCAUACCAGUGCAAUCAGCCAGCUCAUUAGAGAAGCAAAGGUGAACAAAUCAGACCUGACUGUAGUAUGGCUAGACCUUGCAAACGCUUACGGAUCUAUUCCACAUAAGCUAAUCGAAUCAGCCCUCCAGUACUACCAUAUCCCUGAACACGUCCAAGGGAUGAUCAAUGCGUACUUGAGUGGAAUGAAACUGCGCUUCAUUGUUGGCGAGAAGAUGACAGCUUGGCAGAGACUGGAGAAGGGAAUAGUGACCGGGUGUACCAUCUCAGUUGUCCUGUUUGUGAUGGGCAUGAACCUCAUAAUCAACCCUGCAAACAAAGAAACCCGCGGGCCUAAGACAUCUACAGGGUUACACCUGCCAACAAACAGAGGCUUCAUGGACGACCUGACAGUGACAACACAGACACACAUACAAGCAAGAUGGGUACUGAAGGUAUUGGAGGAGGCAGCCACCUGGGCUAGAAUGAAUUUCAAACCCAAGAAGUCCAGAAGAAAGUUCAAGGCAUGGCUCUUCCAGAAUGCACUUCUCCCCAGACUGAUGUGGCCCCUUAUGCUAUAUGAAAUACCUACAUCCUCUGUCGAAUGCUUGGAGAGAAAGAUCAGCAGACACCUGCGCCGAUGGCUGGGAAUACCACCAAGCUUUACCAGCAUCGGAUUGUAUGGGCGAUCGAAACAGCUACAUCUCCCGCUAUCAUCACUAGUGGAGGAGUUCAAAGUUGCAAAGACACGACUGGUAGUGACGCUCAAGCAAUCGCAGGACAGUUUAAUCCGAAAUGCUGGGAUUGAAACUAGGACAGGGAGAAAGUGGUCAGCAAGCCAAGCAGUCGAACAGGCCGAGAAAAGACUCCAGCAAAAAGACAAUGUCGGCAUCACAGCUGUAGGCAGACAGGGGCUAGGCAGCUCCAAGAUAACAUUAUGGAGCUCUGCUGGAAACAUGGAAAGGAGGAGAAUGGUGCAAGAUGAAGUCAGAGCAGCAGAAGAAGAAGACAGAAGAGCGAAAGCUGUGGCUUUGGGUGCCCAAGGUGCGUGGACGAAGUGGACAACGACAAAAAGAAAACUGACCUGGGCUGAUAUAUGGAGCUACGAACCACUGAGAAUAGCGUUCCUGCUCAGAUCAGUCUAUGACCUGCUACCGUCACCCUCAAACCUGCACAGAUGGGGUCUACAGGACCACCCCAAGUGCCAAUUGUGUGACAAGACAGAAACCAUGGAACAUAUUCUGUCAUCGUGUACCACAGCCCUCACCCAAGGACGCUACAGGUGGAGACACGACAGUGUUCUUCAGGAACUCGCUGACAAGUUGGAGCGCGAGAGGACCAAGAAGAGGCCCAGACAGAAACCCCAAAUGAUUCAGUUCGUGAAGAAAGGACAUAACGCGCCUAAAAAACUGCAGCCUACCAGUUCUGUAUUAGAUGAAUCUGAUCAGUAG